AUGAGUUAUUCUAAUGAUUUAUUUACUAAUUCCUGCGAGAGUAUUCUUGUGAAAGUUGAGAGUUUCCUGAAUAAAUCCAAUACGUCUUAUAAGUCGUCUGAACUACAAAUUGCAUUUGAAUUAUUUGUAAAUUGUGUUGAUAAUUUUACACAUUUUAAUGGUUCUGAGGAGCUCAUAUUCGCCACAAGAGAUAUCGUUUAUUAUAUUCAAACUAUAAUACCGUCAAUCAAAUUUGAGAAUGUACUUGAAUUUACUGAUGGGUUUAUUAAGUGGAUAAAACACAAACACGUUGUUGAAAUCAAGAAUGUAGAUGUCUACAGACUUGAGUUUGGAUACUCAUUUCUUAAUAGAAAUAUAUUCUCUCUCAUGUUUAACAUUCUGGACUCGUUGAAGAAGGUAGAGAGGAUAGAGUUGGAGAGGAUGUUUUUCACGAAAUAUUUAGAAGAAGUUAAAUCAACCUUUACGAAAUUAAAAUUAUCAAUUGAUUAUGAAGAAAAGAUAUCUCUACUAGAGUUGUACUGGAGAGGGCUUAGGAGAAUAGACAUUAACGAUAUUAAAGCGUCAAGAACUUUCAAGAAUUUAAUUAAAGAAAUAAGCGCAAUAGAGUCAAAAAACUUUGAAUUUAAAUGCAAUAACCUUUUAAUCAAGCGUAAAUUUAUUUCUCCAGCAAAUGGAUACUUUCCAUGUGAUGGGAUAAUUGAAUUGCUAGAAACAAACCAGUUACAAAUAUCAAAUUACAAAAUAAAGGAAUUGUAUUUUUCCUAUUCAUCUAUAAGAAUUCAUGUGAGUUUUUACAAUAAAUUUGAACAGAUUGACUCUACUGAUGGAAGCUGUAACAAAAUUGAAGUCCCAAACUAUCAUAUAAACGAUUUUAAAAUUGAUGAAUCAAAUAUAACAUUUUCUAUCCAAAUAGUUUCUUUUAACUUCGACGUUACAUCGCUAUGGAGUGAACAAAUAAGUAAUAUGGUUAAGCGUGUUACCAACAACAAAAUGGUUAUAAAAAUAAGAAUAAUGUCUGAGAUAUCAAGAGAAAUGAGAACAAUGGCCAAGAAAAUCAUCAAUGUGUUGGGGGAAAAUAAUGAACUAGAGCCUAAAGGAUGUGGAACAGAAAUGAAGACUGAGGAGAUUAUAGAAAUACGUGAUGAAACUGAAGAAAUAUUGUUUAGCAGUAAUUCAGAUGAUCGUGAAAUUGUUGAAUUACUGAACAUGGCCAAGGAUCAGUAUAACAAAAUAAAAGUAACCCAAGAUCCUGACAUAGUGGAUGACCAUGACAACCUUGUUGACAAGGAUUUGUUUACACAGGAAUCAUUUGUAGAAAAUAUAGAUAUCAGAGGUAGCUGGAUUGAACCAUUCAAUAAGAUUUCAUUGGAAAGUGCAAUGAAAUGUGAAAUCCCAAAGACAAUAGAAAUUUCAAAGGACAGUAAGAUAUUUCCUACAGUUAUAGGCUCAAAUGAUACUGAAAAGUCGUUCUAUGAAUCACAAGAGUGUUGUGAGAGUACUCCUUCAACUUUACGCAGUAGUGAUAAAUCAAGUUUAGCAAUGUCAAGUGAAGUAAGAAUUUCUGGAGAUGAAUACAUCAACAGGUUCGAUACCAGUUCAAUGUAUACUGAAAAAUACAAUGAACCUUUGAUGGAACAAGCUGAAAGGAGAAAAAGAGAUGAAGAGAAAUACAAAGCUAUACUAAUAAGAAUGUCAAAUGAAAUUGAAAAAGAGAAUAAAGAACUUGAAACAAAUGCUAGAAAAAUACUCGGAGAACUUGAGAAACUAGAGAGCAAGUACACAUUUAACAGGAAAAUAGAGGAAACAAACAAGAGUAGCAAUAUUCUAAUAGAGAAGAGUUCAGAACUAGUAAAGAAAACUGAGGAAACCCUCAAAGGAAUGGAGAGAAUAAUUGAAAAAAUAAUAAAACAUUACCAAAAAAGAACCGAAGAUUGUGAAAAGGCUUUAAAGUCUAUUUAUGUUAAAUGA